AAAAAUAUAGCUUUUUUGCCACAAGUCACUCAAUAUGCUGUUGUUUUGGUUCUACCUUUAUUAUUAUUGUUUUUACUGGCGCUAUUUUGUGUUUAUCAAGUGAAUGAUUAAGCUUUUUGCUUUAGUUUAUAUUUUUACCCGAAAUGAAGUGGAAGUGGUGUGCGAAGAAAACAAAAAAUUACGGAGGAAACGCAUAAAGAUUGCAAUUUAAUAUAUUUCGUGGUAUACGUGUAUGACAACAGUUAUUCGCCAGGGUAGUGUUUUUUAAUAAAAAUUAUACAUUUAUUAAAACCAUUGCUAAAAACUAAGCCCGAAACAUGUUAGACCACUUGAAUGAUGAUUGUUUGUGUGAGAUAUUCCGAUAUCUGAGUAUCAAAGAACAGCUGAUUGUGACAACACUCAACGAGCGCUUUCGCGACAUAAUCGUUGAGAACUUUUGGCGCAAGAAAUACAACAAAUUCACCACAACAGGCGAUAAGAGCUUUGACGAACUCAACUUGUUGGAAUUUCAAAAAUUUUACGGUUACAUCGUGCCACAUAUAAAAGAGCUAACGGUCCAUACUACAGCCGAUAUCACAUUCACCAGUUAUUUGGGACGUUUUACACGCAGACCCGAUCUCGAUUACUAUCUACACUUCGUGUAUCCCACAUUGCGUGUUCUACGUUGUUACGAUAAACAAUUCCAUAAUGGUCACCUUUUGAUUGUACUACGUAAAAGUCCGAACCUCGAAGUACUGCGACUACAUAGUACAUAUGUAACUGGUGAACAUUUAGCGAACUUUCACAAUUUACGUGAACUCUAUAUUUGUAGUAGUAAACUAGAAGCGUUGCAUAUAGACGAGCUCUUGGCGAAACGUAAAAUUCUACGUAUGCAUUUGACGGGUGCAACGACCGUUAAACGUGAUAUGGAUGUGGUGUUGCAACGUGUCUUCCCGCAGAUAACGGAAAUGCGUUACUAUGAUGACGAUGAGCAUAUAGCGACACAAAAUCUAUUUAACACGUCAACACAGACGCUUGUGAAUUUAGAAAAGCUCUAUUGUAAGCAUUUAAAGGACUUCGUUUACACAUUGCAUACGUUGAGAGAACUGUAUUUUGAAAAUCAAUUGAAGGUCGUUGACUUGUUUAAACUAGUCGAAAAUAAUACACACUUGGAAAACCUCUAUAUUGGCACGUUGUAUGAAAAUUUCUUCGCAAAUGCACGGGAAUGGUUAUGUGGUCUAACGGAAUGCUUACGUAAGCAGCGCGAGCGUAAGGUUGCGCUUAGUAUGCACCUAAAUAUGCCGCAGCGGGUCGUGCAGUAUGUGCGGCAAUUCGUAGUGGAUUAUGAUGGUGCUCAUGGUUACCUAGUACCAGUUCUAAAAAUUCAAAAAACUGCUGUCAAUACGUCUAUAUCCACGAUGUUGAUCAAUAAAACUGGCAUUGAGUUGGCGCUCAAGUGGAGUUGAUGUAAUAAUUUAAAAAAAAAAAAAUAAGUGUAUCGAGAACAGUCAAAAAUUUUAUAAUUUAUUUUGAGUAU